AUGUCGGACUCUGGAACGACUCCAGACAGGGAGUCCCUCCCUUCAGAGUCCAAUGAGCAUGAGCCCGAAUCUCUCACUCAGCUCAAGAGGAGUCUCUUUAUUAAGGACCCUACAACCGAAUUCGCAGAGCAGUCUCACUUAUCUUAUCUUAUACCAGAAGAUACAAAUCUGGACUUGGAAUCAGCUUUUAAGAAUGUUGAGCCUGGAAAGUCUAUACUUGAGUCAAUCAAGCGCCGAGACGCAUUGUUCUUUGAUGAGACAGUAACUGUCCUUUUACUCCUAAAAAGUCCCUGGAAAGAUGAAUCAACCCUUCGCACUCAUAUCAGCCGGCUGGUAAUAUCUGUUGAGGCCCAGAUCGUCAACCAGAAAGCCCAUGGCAAGGAGAAUUCCAGUACAGAGACCAUCUUCUCGGGCACAGUCCCAGAUAUUGAUGAUCCAUUCAUAAUCGUCGACGGAGAAGGAGAAGAAAAGGAUGAUAGCGACGAAGAAAGCGGAGAUGAUAACGAUGACCAGAAUGUCUUUGCUGUUUGGAAGUUGCCUGUCUUUCUUAGUCGACCGCGAACACGGAUUUCUACGCCGGGUAUCAUUUUUACUGCAUCUGCAAGCUUGAAGCCUGAAAUAUCAACGGAUAUCAUAGGGAAAGGAAGCGGUUAUCUUCAGAGUGGAGUGCCUUCGGGGUUUAACCUUCUUGAGUCUUUUGGUAGCGAUGCUGCACUCGGUGGAGUCAAGCCUCGAUUGUCAGCGCUUCGAGUAUCAAGAGUCACUCCUGUGACGCGUUCACAGGACGUAACAAAGCACAUAAGAGCUCUGCAUCAAGUUGAGCACAGUAUCUUUCCUGUCAUCCACACAAGAAUUCGCUUCUCACGGCCGACUACGGCCCCAACGAGUUCGGCUGUUAUUGCGCUACUCGAAGUCGACUUCACCUCUCAUUUUGAGUGUGGGAUCUCACUAGACAAGAUCGAUCUAUCUAUUCUUGACGCCACUGUCGAGAAUCUUAACGACGAUGCAGGCAUGCAACUUCCCCUUACCUGUGUGUCUCACGACCAUAUAACAUUUCUCUACCGCAUCGCUCCUCGCCAGCAUGACGUUACUGUCAAAAACCCCAUGCGAGAACUCGAUAUAACAAUAUCCGCCACUGCCCAAGUUAUACCUGGCCGCUGCACGCCUAGCAUGGCCAUGUCAUGGACAACUCAACUUGACUUUACCCUCCCAGUUAAUCCCGGCUAUGGCUCAGCAACUGCAGGAACUGGUAUCGUCCGCUCCCAUCGUCCUUCUCAGCUCUCUAUUACUGGACAAGCGGCUUACCCUCUAAUAUCGCCAUCCAUCAUGCGCCCAGAUGCUCUUCCUGCCCUUGAGGCUGCAACAUCCAACACCGAGGCCACUGUCACAGAACUUGGCAUCACCAUGACAUUCACUGGCCCCUCUGAGCCUGUCCAUCCAGGGCAAAUCUUUUCCUGGACUGUCUAUAUCGUCAAUCGUGCUACAGACAAAAACCCUGUGCCUCCACGCAAACUGGCUCUUGUAGCAAUCCCGAAGAGACGACGAGGCGAAGUCCGCAUGACACGACCGCCCUCGGCGAGUGGUCGAAAACAUGGAGAAAAAGAUGUCGCCGAUGCAGUCACGGAUGAAAAUGUCCUUCAUGCAUUGCAGAAGAACUCCUCUGUCGAGUCUACAGAUGUUGUGUGCCUGAGCGCUGAUACCCGUGUUGGGCCUCUUCCACCAGGAGCUUGCCAUGUAGUUGAACUUCAGUUCUUGGCGCUACAACAAGGCGUUGUAGGCUUGGAGGCGAUGCGUGUCGUAGACCUGGGAUCACAAGAACAUGUCGACAUUAGAGAUUUACCUACUAUGUUGGUAGAAGGGGCAGCGGCUUGA